AAAAAUAUAAAACAUAUUGUUAGAACCUUUUAUUUAAAAUUAUUGUUAUUAUUAUUACCAUUACAGACCCGACCCGAGUGUCGACGAUUAAGAAUAGGGUUAGCUGAACGGCGCAGGAAAAGUAAGCGGAAGAGCGGUUUGCAAGCUAGAAAAUGCUGAGAAGAAAGCCAACAAAAAUCGAAGUCAAGAUCGAAGACAAAGAAGAGCUCGAGGAAGCUCGCCGACGUAACGCUUCCGUCACCACUGCCACCACUACCGCCCCCGCUGGCACCACUUCUCUCCUCCGUCAGCUGGAUCGCGGCGGCGAAGAUCCCGCUUCCAAGGCGCAUCGUAUUGGCCUCUCCUCGUAAAACCCUAGCCUCAGUCUCCCACCUUUCUUCCCCAAUGGAAGUCGAAGUGAAGCUGCGCCUCGCAGACGCCAACGCCCACCGCCGUGUCACCAGCUUGCUCUCCCCCUUCCACGUCGUCACCCACCGCCAGAAAAACCUCUUCUUUGACGGCGCUGCGUCCGAGCUCUCCGAGCGCCGCGCUGUGCUGCGCUUGCGCUUCUACGGUGACGACGAGCGGUGCGUCGUUUCGCUGAAGGCGCGAGCGGUGCUGGUGGACGGCGUCAGUCGCGUGGAGGAGAACGAGGAAGAUCUGGACCCGCGGGUCGGGCGCGAAUGCGUUGCAGAGCCUGGGAAGUUGGGAUCGGUGGAAUCUAGGGUUUUGCGGAGGGUGAAGGAGGAGUUUGGAACUGAAAAGGGGUUUAUAGGAUUGGGAGGGUUUGGGAACGUGAGGAAUGUGUAUGAUUGGAAGGGAUUGAAAUUGGAGGUGGAUGAAACUAAGUUUGACUCUGGGAUUCUCUAUGAGAUCGAAUGUGAGAGUGCUGAUCCCGAAGGAGCUAAACGGCUCCUUGAGGAGUUCUUGAAGGAGAAUGAAAUUGAUUAUUCUUACUCUACAGCCUCCAAAUUUGCCAUCUUUCGAUCUGGAAAACUGCCUUAGUCAGUGAAAUUUGCCUGAGCGAGUGAAAUUUGUGUACUUUUGAGUUAUUUUAUGCUCCUGCUGUUAAGUGUCUAAGAAUAAAACAAACUCAUGUCAUAUGAGCUGCUACUAUUAUUAAUUUGAAUCUGCCUAGUUUUUUCGUUUAUGAA